AUGUCGCACGAAGCACUGCCUAUCGAUCGAGUGCGCUUUUCGGAAGCCCUCGAAUCGUUACCCGUCGAUGCACUGUACGCCAAGGUCGCCGAACUGCGCAACAAUAUGGACCACCUGAGAUAUUCCAACGAGCAAAUGGUUCCCUUCGCCGACGAAGGCGAUCAAGACUGCAAAGACGCCAUGUACGAGAACCUUGUUGUCAUCAGCCGCAUGAACGAGCGCAUUCAACUGCUUCGAGCCGAAGUCGAGAAAAGAGGCAUGACAUGGUCAGAAGCCGAUGUUCAGACUCGUCAAGUUAGCGAGAACAUGGUCAACGGCUAUUCUGCACCCACCAUCCAAACACAACCAUCACAACCACAGAGCGGACACCUGACAGACGAACAGCUGAGAGCUCAGUUGGAGGCCAGACUGGCCCAGGACACACAAGACGACCAAGAAGAGGAAGGUCUCCAUCUCUAA